CCCCAACCCCAAGCAAGUAGGGUUUAUCAUCUCCCGCUCCACCGCGAAACUCCCAUGCUACGCCACUUCUAAAUGGGUGGCGCCGGCAACCGAUUCUUCUCCCUGCUCUCCACCACCACCACCCACCCUGUCCAGCGCUUCCCUUCUCUCCUCCUCCUUUCCCGCCACUCCAAACCCCCACUCUUCCCUUCGUCCUCCUUCUCUUUCCUUUCCCACCGCCACUCCCUCUCUUCCCGCCCCACCUCCUCCUCCGCCUCCCCUUUCCCUCCCAAUUCCUCUCACCAUUUCCAUUCCCAUUCCCACUUCCCCGUUUCCGCCGCCUACCCUUCUUAUGCCGAUUCCGCCCCCUUAAGACACUCGCACCCCUGGCCCGAGUGGUCCCACUUCCUCAACUCCCUCUCCGCUGCCGGCUACAACGGAACCAACGGCCAGGAUGAGUUCACCGCUGUGGUCCGGGAUUUGCCCGAGGAGUUCAUGCUUGCUGCGAAUGUUUGCUUGGCAUUCGCUAGGCAAAGAGCUGGCCUUUUGAGGUUGCUUUCGAGGCGGGAUUUAGAUGUUGUGGUGGAGAAUGGGACGCCAUUUCUGUUUCAGAAUGGCGAUGAUUCGGUGAGGCGAAUGAGAUUGUUUCUCGGCCAAGGCGAUACCAAUGCCUUGGACAUUGAUAAAGCACAAACGGUUGAUUUGAUGAGAUUUAUUUUGAGUUAUGCUAGUGCCCCUGUUUUAUCGUCAGACAGAAACAAUCUGUACAAUAGAGAAAUUGUUGAAUUAUCUGUUCGUACUCUGUUGGGUGAAAUGGCCAAGCUCUGCUUUAGCGCUCCAGAUUCGAACUUUAUUGGGGCAAUGCAGAGUCGAUCCCCUGAUAACUAUGGAGAAUCUGUUAGGCCUUUUGGAAAAACUAUUGAAAUGAAAAGAGGUGAUUGGAUUUGUCAGAGGUGUAAUUUCAUGAACUUUGCAAGAAACAUGAAAUGCCUGGAGUGCGAGGAGGCUCGGCCAAAGAGACAGCUGACUGGCAAUGAGUGGGAGUGCCCUCAAUGUGAUUUUUUCAACUAUGGUAGAAACAUGGUAUGUUUGAGGUGUGAUUGUAAGCGCCCUGGAGAGGUCUCACUUGGUUCCACCAAAAAUAGGUUAGAUAUGGGAUAUGAAAAUGUGGGUGAUAGAAAUAGGGCUGAAAUCGAUAGCAGGCUGGCCGCUAAUGAAGAGAAGGCACAGCGGUGGUUUAGUAAGAUUUCUCAGCUAGACAGCACUUCAGACAUGAGCAAUGCUGUAUCUGAUGAAGAUUUUCCUGAAAUAAUGCCACUGAGAAAAGGAGUAAACAGAUUUGUUGUAAGCACUAGGAAAACGCCAUUAGAGAGGAGGCUGGAAAAUGCUCAAUACCAAAGAAACGUGGAUAAUGAGGGCAAUUAUCAAGGCAAGGAUCUUCAAGCUGGGAGUGCGAAUAGGUCACUUGGUCGUACAGCCAACCGGACUUUAGAUGAAAUUCUUGGCCGUGCAUCUGUUCCUGAAUCAAAUAAUACAAGUACCAAUCCCAGACAAAAUGUUGGAACUGACGCUCCCUCUUCCAUGCAGAGCUCAGUUUCCUCAGAGUAUGGACAACCUAAUGGGGGCAAUUCCAAUUAUUCCCAAUUUGUGCCAUUACCCGAGGAUAAGUUUGCCAGGAAACCUGAGAAUUCAAGUGUGGAGGAGAGUGUGCAGCUGUCUGAGAAGCCUCCGGAACAGGCUGGGAGCAAGGAUGGCGAAGGAGAUCAAGCGGAAAAAUCUGAGAGAUGGUUUAAGAGGGUUGCAGAGUUGCACGAUGUUACUGAUCUUGCGAGCGCAAUUUCAGAUGAGGACUUUCCUGAAAUUAUGCCGAUGCGUAAAGGAGAGAAUCGAUUUGUUGUCAGCAAGAAGAAAGAUCGGUCUUUGACUACUCCGGCAUACAAGAGACGUUCAGCUACUGAACAAGCUGGCAAUGCCAAUUAUGUUCCCUUCGUACCCUUCCCACCCGACUAUUUUGCUAAAAAAAACAACCAGCAGACAGAAGAGACAGAUUUGACUAAUAAGACUGCUGAUGAAACAACUACAACUAUGAUCCCAGAUAACAACCCUUCAGACAAUAUGGUUGAUGCUAGAUCUGGGAAGCUGAAUGCUGAUCACGUUCAACAGAUGAAAAAUCAGCAAAGCAGUGUGCCAAUCUGGAACUCAGAAAGUUCGGGACAAAGUCAGCUCAAGGAUUCUGCCCGCAAUUUUGCUAAUUCUAGCCCAAACAGCACGGAUAGUUUGAACAGUGGAUCUUCAGGGAAAGAGAAUUCUAACCAGACAGCAAGUUCAACAUGGAAUCCACCGCAACAGUCCAAUGAUCAGAACAUUAGGCAGGGCUGGACCGGGAAAAGUUUGGAGGGGUCAGCAGUGAAGGAGCCAGAUCCUUUAGAUAUGUCAGAGGAGGCAAAGGCGGAGAGAUGGUUCAAGCGCGUUGCGCAGAUAAAAGACAUCUCAGAGCUGAGUCAGAUUCCUGAUGAAGAUUUCCCGUCAAUAAUGCCAAUGCGGAAAGGGGUGAAUAGGUUUGUUGUCAGCAAGCGGAAAACGCCGUUGGAGAGGAGGCUGACAUCUCCACAAUACAGAAAAAAUCUUCCUAUUGUAAGCUCUGAUCCAGCAAAGGAAAGAGAUGGUAACUGAGAAAUCACAAAAAGGACUUCCUCUUUGUUGUUUUGGAAGAUGAGAUAAUUGUUUAUUUCAUACUUUUGCAUAGUUGUAUUUUUCAUAGGUUGCCUUGGACAAAACUUUGGGUGCAUUCCAAACAGUGUAUAAAGGUAUACAUUUCCUCUA